GUCGAAAGCAAAAUAAAGUCACCGUAAGAUAAAUACAAGUGUUUCAUUUACGUGAAUACAGCUGCAAACAGACCAUUCAAGUUAGAGAGCGACCCGCAGGCUGAUCUACAUAUCGUAUCUGUUCAACCCCUUAUUCAGGUUGCUUGCAUCCCUCAUUCCUAUCGAGCAUUUGCCAGACUUUCGAGUCAUUUAAAUAUUGCUCCGUCGUCAACAAUUCUACAUUGAGCCAUGGCUGUCUUUGCUGCCCAGCGUAUCCUGCUGCGUCCUAUUGUUGCCUGCUCGCUGCGACACUCUCUAGAAACCAUUGUGCUCUGCUUCCUGCUUGCUUCUGUCUGCUACUUCUCUCUAGUGCAUUUGGGUUCACCAUCUGCAGCAAAGACUACAGACAUCCAUUUCAACCUGCUUGCUACCACUCUCCAGUUAAACAAACCUUCUGUUAGCGAUGAUUCUGCCAAUCCAUUCAGUCCUCUUCCUUCUCCCAGUCACCACACCUCUGUCCUUUACAGCUCCAAAAUUAGAGUGACUGUUUACAAUGGCAGCAUCACUGAUGGUGUGGAUGCCACCUCCAUUGCUGGGAAAUUCAUUGAUGGCAAAGGGGAUCUGGAUGCAUCCAUCAGCUCGUCUGCUGAUUCGCUUCUGCUCAAACAGGUGGUUAUCUCGGAGCCUAAACCUCACCAGCAUCCAGCGUCUGCUUCUCCGCCCAUCCCUGCCGGUGUGCUAACACAAACCGUCCUAGCUACUGCUUUACAUUUCCAGCAGGCUGUUGCCAAUCUAGUAGUGCAUGAUUCGCUUGGAAAUGUCUUUACUCUUUCAGAUCUGUGUCAAAAGGUAGCCUCGGAUAGUCAGCAGGAUUGUGUUGUGCAUUCUCCACUCUCUCUCUGGGACAAUAAGGAGUCGGUGCUGAUGGCUGAUCCUAAUAUCAUGGAUACCAUUUCCCGUGCUGCAAUAAAAGAGCAUCCUGACUGUGCCCAUCCAGAGAAUGCUGAUCUGGUCGAUGCUGGCUUUAUUGGUCUUCGCACCGUCCUUACCGAUAAGACUAACCCUCGUGUCGUUGGUGCAUCUGCCAUUGUUCUCUCCUAUAUGCUGAAUGUGUCCACUUCUGCCCAAGCUAGACUGGCUAAUGUCUGGGAGCAGCGUCUUGCCUCGCUGCAUGUCAACAAUAUGUAUCCUCAUGACUACUCGCUGCAGUUUAAGUCUGUGCUGCCCGAUGGCACACUUGCUUUGAAUUUUUCUGAAACUGUCUCUCAAAUGGUCCAGUAUGUUGAGGUUUCCAACCAAAGCGAUUUGCUUGUGGUUACCAUCAGCUUCUUGUUGAUGCACGGCACAUUUAUUAUGCUGUUUACCAAUAUGCGUCGUAUUGGUUCCAAGUUUACUCUAGGCUUUGCUGUUCUCUUGAAUAGCACAUUUGCGCUACUUGCUGGUCUUUUGCUUACCAAAGUAUCCGGAAUUUCACUAAACGUAUUCCAGCUGUUUGAAGCCAUUCCAUUUUUUGUUGUCAGUGUCGGAUUCGAGAAACCCUAUGUGCUCAGUCGUGCUGUUGUCAAGGCAGCAAACACUGAAUCUGACGAACCUUUUAGAGACAAGAUCUGGACUGGAGUGUCAUCUGUUGCUGGAUCGCUGAUUGCAGAUUAUCUGAUUGAAAUUACCAUUCUUGUUCUAGGUGGCAUUUCUGGCAUUCGAGGAGUCAUUGGCGAGUUUUGCUUUUUUGCCGCGUACAUCCUCAUCUUUGACUGUGUAUUCUUGUUCACCUUUUAUGUGUCGGUGUUGGCGCUAAAGCUCGAUCUCAAGCGUGUCUAUAUGCGGGACCAUCCUGUUGACAGCAUAAAGGAGGGCAUUUUACAUCCUGGAUCUGGAGAAAUGGUCAUUGGCGGAUCUUCAUCAAUUCAUUCGGAUAAGCUUAACAAGGACAGUUUAAUUUCUCGAGCCAAACUUAUCAUGAUUCUCGGUUUCCUUGCUACCCAUGCCUUGAAUGCUACUGGCACCUUUGAUGACAUGACAUCUUUUAUGCCCAAGGUGCUUGAUUCUCCAAUGCCUGGUGCAGCUCCAAUCAUUCGAAUGAUCUCUUCACAACCCAACUCCAACUCUCCUGUCAACAUCUACAUUUCCGAUCCACAUGUCAUGCAUCCCCUUCGGUACGAAUUGGAUGAUAUAGAAACCAUUGCCGGAGGUACUCAAAACAGUCUGAUUAGUCCUGUAUCUCUUUUGAUUCUUUGGAUCUUUUCAAUGGUUGUUGUUGUUGGAUUUAUCUCGUAUCGAUGGCAACGUCCUCUUUCUCUUGACAGUGCUUCUGUUACGGAAGAAGAUGUCAUUGAGCAAACACUUGUCGAGGAUAGUAUUGCGUCUGAUUCUGGUAUCGAUGCAAAGGCUCUUGUCACUAGCGCAACCCCCUUUUCCGAAACUGCAUUGACUUGUUUAAAGGCUGAUUCUCGUACAGAUUCAAAGCUAGAAAUGGCCAAAGCAACCGUUUUGGAAAAUCCAGUUUCAAUUUCUACCGAGUUGCAAUCCCAAGUCCAAGAUUCUCUUACCAAGAUCCUGUCUGGAAAUGCUGAACAGGUCUCUGACCAAGACAUUCUUGAUCUUGUGGAUGCUGGCAAGAUUCCUGCUUAUGCACUUGAAAAAAAGCUUGGCGACUUUACUCGUGCUGUACGUAUUCGCCGCUCGCUUAUUUCUCGUACUGCCAAAUCCGAUCUUUCUGCAUCUUUAUUACCUGUUGACCAUUACGAUUAUUCCAAGGUUUUGGGUGUGUGCUGUGAAAAUGUGAUUGGCUACUUGCCACUGCCUGUCGGUGUUGCUGGGCCCUUGACCAUUGAUUCCGAAGUGUACCAGAUUCCGAUGGCCACCACUGAAGGUUGCUUGGUUGCUUCAACAUCGCGUGGAUGCAAGGCGAUUUCUCUUGGUGGAGGUGCAACCACGGUUCUUACUGGUGAUGGUAUGGCUCGUGGUCCAGUCGUAUCAUUUCCAUCUGCAAAGCGUGCGGGAGAACUCAAGGCAUGGCUAGACGACGAAGGAUUUGCGAUUAUCAAGGCUGCUUUCGAGUCAACCAGCAGGUUUGCAAAACUCCAGUCCCUCAAAGUACGUUUAGCAGGCAGACUGAUGUUUGCUCGUUUUGUGACACGAACAGGCGAUGCUAUGGGUAUGAACAUGAUCUCCAAAGGUGUUGAAAAAUCAUUGGCAGAAAUGCAGUCUCGGUAUCCCGAUAUGCAGGUUAUUGCAAUCUCUGGUAACUACUGCACAGACAAGAAACCUGCUGCUCUUAACUGGAUUGAAGGUCGUGGCAAGUCUGUUGUUGCCGAAGCUAUGAUUCCAGGAAAGAUUGUCACGGAUGUGCUAAAGACGACAGUUGCUGCACUAGUUGAGCUUAAUAUCUGCAAGAAUUUAAUUGGAUCUGCUAUGGCUGGAUCUGUAGGUGGAUUUAAUGCCCACGCAGCCAAUAUUUUGACGGCAGUGUUUCUUGCUACAGGACAAGAUCCAGCACAGAAUGUCGAGUCAUCCAAUUGUAUCACUUUAAUGGAAAGUUGCAAUGACGGUCAAGAUCUUUACAUUUCAUGCUCAAUGCCAUGUAUUGAGGUGGGAACUGUUGGUGGAGGCACUGCUCUUGCUCCCCAAGCAGCGUGUUUGGACAUGCUAGGCGUGCGUGGCCCUCAUCUUGAGCGUCCCGGAGAGAAUGCUCAGCGUCUUGCAAGAAUAAUUUGUGCUGCUGUAAUGGCUGGUGAACUCUCGCUCUGCGCUGCACUUGCUGCUGGUCAUUUGGUCAGAUCUCACAUGAUCCAUAACCGCGGUGGUGCUCAUACUACUACGGUGCCAACUCCUUCUGCCUCUGAGCCUAUUGUUGGCUCUUGCAUCAAGUCGUAACGACACUAUUAUUAUUUUUGACUCAUAUAAUCUUGUCCAGCUUUUUAUUUUCACAAAUACUAUGUUUAGAUCCCAUAUCAUCCAGCCUUUUAAAAAUAUCACGACUUUGCACUUUUAUUCAGAAUACUGGCAUUUGCUUUGGCUGACUGGGUUAUAUUUUUGAUCCAGCAGCCAGUCUUUUGAAUGCCAAUUCUUUAAUAUGGCUUUUUCCAGACUUUUUCCUCGACCUUUAGGUGUUUUAUUUCGAUGACAAUCUUGCCUUUAAAGGACAAGAUUGUGUUUCUGAUUAGAUUUGUGAUUUUUGGUAGAUGAAAUGAAACCAUCAAGAUUUCCACAAGUU